UAUUAAUGCAUUUUUCCUCUCAUCAUCCUACCUUCUCUCCUCCACCAAUUCCCACAAAGAAUUGACAAGAUGAAGUGGGUCACCUUUAUUUCCCUUAUUUUCCUCUUCAGCUCUGUUCAUUCCAGAGAAAUCUUCCGUCGAGAUGCACCUAAGAGUGAGAUUGCCAAACGGUACAGAGAUUUGGGUGAAGAGAAUGUAAAAGGCUUAGUUUUGAUCACAUUUGCUCAGUACCUCCAGAAAUGCCCAUUUGAAGAUCAUGUAAAAUUAGUGUCUGAGGUUGUGGAAUUCGCAAAAGGUUGUGCUGAUGAUGAGACGGGCGAAAAUUGUGGCAAAUCCCUUCACGAACUUUUAGGCGACAAGUUAUGUAAAGUGGCAAGUCUUCGGGAGACAUACGGUGAAAUGGCAGACUGUUGUGCUAAGCAGGAACCUGAGAGAAAUCAAUGUUUCCUGAGCCACAAAGAUGACCACCCAGACCUCCCUAAAAUCGUAGCCCCUGAACCUGAAACUUUGUGCCAAAAUUUCCAGGAGAAUGAAAACAGAGUAUUGGGAUAUUACCUGUAUGAGGUUUCCAGAAGACACCCAUAUUUCUAUGCUCCAGCACUCCUUGCCUAUGCUCAUCAGUACAAGGAGGUAGUGAGAGCAUGUUGCCAGGAUGCUGACAAAGCCACAUGCCUCAAUGAUAAGAUCUCUGCUUUAAGAGAAAAAGUCUUAAGUGCAGGUGCAAAACAGAGAUUCCGAUGCUCCAGUUUGGAAGAGUUUGGCGAGAGAGCUGUCAAGGCUGGGCUCAUUGCUAGGCUAAGUCAGAAAUUCCCUAAGAUUGAAUUUGCUGAACUUCAUAAAAUAGUGGAUGAUCUUGCCAAGAUUCAUAAGGAAUGUUGCCAUGGUGACCUGCUGGAGUGUGCUGAUGAUAGGGUGGCUCUUUCUGACUACAUUUGUAAGAACCGUGAUUCAAUCUCCAGCAAACUUGGAGAAUGCUGUGACAAGCCUGUAAUAGAGAAGAGCCAGUGCAUUGGUGAUUUGGAGAAUGAUGACAUUCCUGCUGACCUCCCUAACUUCCUUGCUGAAUAUGUAGAAACCAAGGACGCUUGCCAAAACUACAAAGAAGCAAAAGAUCUCUUCUUAGCCAACUAUUUGUAUGACAGCGGAAGAAGACACCCCGAGCUUGCUGUUACCACACUGCUAAAGCUUGCCAAGGACUAUGAAAACACACUUGAAGAGUGCUGUGCCACAGCUGACCCUCCCACUUGCUAUGCCAAAGUGGCCAACGAUCGGGCAGCUGUAAUUGAAGAAAGCAAAAAUUUACUCAAGGAAAACUGUGCUCUUUUUGAAAAAGUUGGAGAAUACGGUUUUGAAAAUGCAAUGGUGGUCCGUUAUAGCAGGAAAGCACCUCAAGUGUCAACCCCAACGAUUGUCAACCUUGCACAUCACUUAGCAAAAGUUGGCUCUAAAUGCUGUAAAGCCAGUGACGAAGAGAAAAUGAGCUGUGCUGAGGGCUAUCUGGCCAUUGUGAUUGACAAACUGUGUCGCCUGCACGAGAAGACACCAGUGAGCCCCAGAAUCACCAAAUGCUGCAAGGACUCCUUGGUGAACCGCAGACCCUGCUUCACUGCCUUGGGAGUUGAUGACACAUAUGAACCCAAGGCAUUUUCUGCAGACACAUUCACCUUCCAUGCUGACCUAUGCACACUUCCUGAAGAGGAGAAACAGAACAAGAAACAGAGUGUACUUGCAGAACUUGUGAAACACAAGCCCAAGAUGACUGAUGACCAACUCAAGGGUGUCAUUACUGAGUUCUCUGCAUUCGUGGAGAAGUGUUGCAAAGCUGACAACCAGGAAGCCUGCUUUGCUGAAGAUGGUCCCAAACUGGUUGCUUCAGCUCAAGCUGCCUUAGCUUAAACACCAGACGGAUAAGCCGCCACUAGCAUUUCAGUUGACUAAUGGAAGAAGACAGAGACAGAAUUGAGGACCCACAAUUUAUCCAUCAGUUUUGUUUCUCUGUUGGCAUCAAACCAACAGAGUUAAGAAAAUUUUUUUUUUAUCCUUCCCCAGUGUUUCAAUAAAUAAAAAAGACAAGCAUAAACAAUCA